UUAUGAGGAAAGGGCUAUAAAAUUUCCUGCUGUAGAUUUCUUUUAUAAUUUGGUUGUUUUACGCAUUAUAAUGAACCAAGACGGCUUUAUAAACAUACGAGAUGUUAAACCUAAUCAAAAGAACAUAAAUGUAGUAUUCAUUGUUCUUGAAAUAGGCAAACCCAACAGGACCAAAGACGGUCAUGAUGUGAGGUCGUGUAAAGUAGCAGACAAGACGGGGUGUAUCAACAUUUCAGUGUGGGAUGAUGCUGGAGGAGCACUACAAACUGGAGAUAUAUGUAGACUUAUCAAAGGAUAUGCCUCAAUAUGGAAAGGAUGUUUAACACUUUAUACAGGAAAAGGAGGAGAAAUACAGAAAAUAGGAGAAUUUUGUAUGCCAUUCCUAGAAACUCCCAACAUGAGUGAACCAAAUCCCGAGUUUUUACAAAAAGUGGAAGGUCAAGGUCAAAGGAAGUCCCCCACAGAGCAGCAAGCUGGUAGUGAGCAGGCAGGCAAUGGCCAGCAGAGAGUACCCCCACUGAUGCAAGUAAAUAAUCCCUCCCAAAGGAACAUCCGUCCAGGCGGCCCAGCCCCGGGCAGACACCCCCCUCCCAACGGCAAUAUACAGCAAUCAAUGCACCAGUCUGGACAGGGAAGUGGACGUGGGCGGGGAAGGAGAUAACACACACUUUACAUCUGUUGGUCAGAAAAAUGCAUUUUAGAAGCACAAUCAUUCCCCUGUGCCCUUGUAAGAAGUGGAUAAAGACAGGGCAGCAGAAAACAGAAAUGUCUCAUUUCUGUUGGUCAGGAAAUAACAGAUACCAACAUAUAACUGGUCAGUUGUCUGCAUUUAAGAAGUAUCUGCACCGUUCACUAUCUGAAGAGGGGCUUCGAGGAAAAGGCCAAAGACAACAGCCAAUACUUGUACGUGCUAGAAGGCCAUCCCAAAUUAUAAACACUUUGUGCUUGCCUCAUAAUACAUUUAAUGCUGUAUUGUAGCUAAAUAGUAUGUAUAGUAUAGAUUGUUUUAACCUAAGAUAUAAUAUGCCGGGGUUAAACUUGCUAUUCAGAUCUGCAUCAAGCAAGUGAAUGGGAAUUCUGACCACAAGCCUUCAUUUUAGUCCUUUGACCCUAAUAUGAAUGUAAAGAAAAUAGUUCCAAAGUGAGUGUUAUAGACCACUGAAAACUGAACUCUAUAUCAACUUUUUUGAGUAACCAAACCUAAAACUAAGGGUCUUGUUUAAUGACAACUGAGAAAGGCAUAACAUCCAUG